ACCCCUCUUUGAUCCUUUUCUUUACUUUUCUUUUUAAAUUCUAUACCCUUUCAGUUAUAAGGAAGUGCGCAAAGUACUUGCAACAUAUAAUAAGAGCAUAACCCUCCAAAAAAAAAAAGGGUCUACAAAGGGAGAAAAAUUGAGCCCAUCAUCUUGGGCCCAUCCAGUUUGGUUAUCGGGCCUCCCGCCCAAUUGUUUUGGGUAAAUCCGUAAAUGAAAUUAUAUUGUUACAUGUUUCCUGAGAGUGGGAUGUUUGAAUUUGUCAUGGUCUUUGUCACUAAUUAAGGAAAAACAUUUUACUAAUCUGGACGAUGAAAUUGUCGUUCCAUGGUUAAGGAGAGAAAUUCUCUCCCAACCACAACAUGCAAACUCUAGUUUGGGUAUAAGAAGACACCACCAUGCCCCUUGCAAAUCAGGCUUUCGGUAUAUCCUUUUUUGCCCAAUUGAGAUUCAGGGAAGAUGGGUCAUCCCAAAGCCUCAUCUUCCUUCCUUUUUCUGGCCAUUUUCCUUGUUUGCUCAUCCACCAUCACCACUGCGUUAAACGUCACCAGGAUCCUUAGCAAUUACCCUGAUUUUGGCACCUUCAGUGACCUUAUCAACAGGACUGGUAUCAAUGAUCUAGUCAAGAACCGCCAAACCAUCACCCUCCUUGCCCUUGACAAUGAUACCAUAGGCUCCAUCUCCGGUAGGCCCCAAGACGAGAUCAAGAGGAUUCUUAUGGCCCACAUUGUGUUGGACUACUAUGAUACCCUGAAGAUCCAAAAGCUGGGGAAGAGGAGUAUCCUUCUCACCAAUCUGUACCAGACCACUGGUGUCGCUCAGGACCAACAAGGAUUUCUGAACAUGACCAAGUUGGGUCCAGGCAAUGUUGUGUUUGGUUCAGCCGUGCAUGGUUCACCCCUGGUUGCUAAGCUGUUGGGUUCCGUGCUUGCUCAACCUUUCAACAUUUCUGUGCUUCAUGUCAGCACGCCCAUUGUGCCUGCUGGAAUUGGGGAGGUUGUUCUUGCUCCUCCACCACCACCUUUCUUGCCACCACCCCCUGCACCUAAGAAAGCUGAGGUCCCUUCAUCCAAUGACAAUACCGCUGAUGACUCAGAUGAGAUACUCGUGCCUGCUCCUUCUCCAGCUGAUGCUCCAGUGGCUGAUGCUCCAGCCAUGUCUAACCAUAAAUCACCACCUUCACCGAAUGAUGCUGAUGCUCAGUCACCCGCACCUUCAGGUUCCCGGAGUGUAGGUUCAGGCAUUUGUCUUGCAGCAGUGAUGGGUUUGGUAGCAAGCUUGGUAGUUUUCUAAGACCAUGUCAAUAGGUAGGAAAGCAAAAAUGAGGAAGAUGAUAUAUUGCAAGCAAUUGGGGGGCAGAAUAAUGGAUGUAUCGAAGUGAAACGUUAAAUCAUAGUCCCUGAAUCAAAAAAGAUGUCCCCUAUUUGCUCCAUGCGUUUUGGAAUAAUAACUUUUUUUCUAU